CGUUUCUGUUUGUGUUCAAAUAGAGAAAAACCUUUAAGGGUCUUUUUUUUCCUUUCUAUAUAUGUUUUAUAAGUUAUCUUCCCUUAGAAAUUAGCUGAAGAAACUUGAAAAAUGGCUCAUCUUUUACUGCAAGCUGUGUUCACUUGGAUUAUUUGUAUUAAUGUGAAAGCGAUUGAAAACCCAACAUCAGGCAUUAUUGUCCGAAGUGAACUACCAAACCGAAAUGCUGUUGAUAAGGGAGAGCUUGGUAUUUUCAGGACUGGAUCACCAUUUGAUUAUCCUCAAAUAGAAAGAUGGUAUAGUCUGCCACCGCACAGCAGAGGAAAGAUAAAUACAAAGUUCCGUUUUUUCAGCUCGACCAAUAAAUAUAUUCCACAGAGCAUUUCUAAUAUGAAUUUCUCCGCAUGGAAUGUAAAAGAAAGUGGCUUCUGCAAUCGUUUGGAGACAUAUAUUAUAAUACACGACUACUUGGGAGGAAACUCAGAAUGGCAACUGAGGCUAAAGAAUGCGCUGUUGAAUAAUAUGGACUGUAAUGUGUUCAUCGUCGGUUGGUUUGACGGCAGUGGGGAAGCAUACCCACAGUCGGUUGCAAAUAUACGUGUAGUAGGAGCUGAAGUUGGACUUUUUAUGCAACGCUUAGUCAAUGCCUCGAACUUGUAUCCAGAGUUUGUCCAUAUAAUCGGACAUGGUCUUGGUGCACAUGCAGCGGGAUAUGCUGGCAAAUGGUUUCGAGAAAGACAGAACAAGCUGAUUGGUCGAAUUACAGGCUUGGAUCCUGCAGGCCCUUAUUUCAAUGGAGUAAAGAAAGCUGUAAGGUUAGAUAAACGUGAUGCUGGAUUCGUUGAUGUUAUACAUACUAAUGCAGAUGGAAAACGCUUAGCAGGCUUCGGAUUAAAAGAACCAAUUGGUCAUGUAGACUUUUAUCCCAACGGAGGCCAAAAGCAGCCUUUUUGUUCAAAUGCUACAGUUGAGAUUAUACCAGAUUUUGUGAGUUAUAAGAGCAGCGUUAAUUUAAUACAAGAAGUUAAUGCUGACAGAUUGCAUUUUUCCGUGCUUGAGAAUAUGGGAGAUCUAAUAUGUAGCCAUUACAGAGCCUGUGAUUAUUUCAUUGCCACUAUAGAAGAUCCAGACUGCAAAUUAGAAUCUUUGUCCUGCUACAGCUGGGAAUCCUAUUUUCAAGGUUUCUGCGGAUCUUGCGAAAACAACGCGUGCAUAAGGAUGGGAUUUUAUGCAAACCUGGACGCGUAUGACCUAGAAAAUGAGAGCCCUUUAAAACUCUUUCUGGGCACGAAACCCUCUCCCCCUUAUUGUUAUCCGGAACUUUCGAACUCUCUCUCAGGAUAUCUGUCUGUUAACAAAAUUGCAGUUGAAGCAAUUUAUCGAUUUAAGUUGUGAAAAUUUUAUGUUCAAGUGAAUUAAGAUAUUUUAUGCAUGCAUUUUUAGA